AUGAAUAAUAAUAAGAUAAAUAAAUCUAUCGAUAUCCAAAAUGUAUAUCCUCUACCAGAUGAAAUAUUCAUCCGCAUAUUUUCUAAUCUUUCAUUCAAAGAUCUUGUAACAACUAAAACUGUAACAAAAAAAUUUUGUUUACUUAUUGAAAAAUAUUAUUUUCUUAUGAAUAGAGAAAAACCUUUAAUAUUAUAUAUUACAAAUAAAUCUCAACAAUCAUUACCAUCAUCAUUUUCCAUAACUAUUAGUCUAGUUGUCCAAAAAAAUGAAACUAAUUUUUCUAAAAAAAAUAUUAGUAAUAGAAAUGAACUUGUAAGAAGUUUAAGAAUGUUUAAUAUGAUAAAUCUUAAUUCAAUAAUUAUUACAAGUUGUAAUAAUAUUGGAAUAUAUAAUGUAAUAAAUACAAUAUUUCCUCAAAAAUUGUCAAUCAAAUCAUUUUGUAUUAAUACUUUUACUCAUAAAGAUAUUAAAGAUUUUGAAAUAUUUGUUAAAAAAUUAGAAAAAAUAGAAGAACUUGAAAUUAGACAUAUAUGUUAUAAUAAAAAUUAUGAUAUUAAUUAUUUAUGGAUAAAUUUAUCAUGUAUUACAAGUUUACAAAAAGUUGUCUUUACAGAAUGUAAAAAUACAAAAUUUUUAAAUUUAAAAUUUUUAUUAGAAUUAUUUGAAAGAAAUAUUCAAUUAAAAUAUAUUGAUAUCAGAUCACCAAAUAAGAAUUUUAUAAAAGAUAUUGGAAAUAAUUUUAUUGAAAAAGAAGAAUUAAUUGAGUAUGAAAUUUGUAAUCAUAAUGAUAUACAAAUUCAUCUUUAUACUGAAGGAGAAGUUGGUGAUAUUUUUGUGAAUACAAAUAAUAAUAAUUUUGAAAAUAUAAGAAAUUACCAAUUUUUAGCAACCCUUCAUCAUGAAGAAAUAUCAUUUGAAAAACUUUGUAAAUUAUGCCAUCGAAAUUGGAGGAAAUGGGAUAUGUCAUGUAAGUCUAAAGACUUUUCUUUUCAUGAUAAUUUUUUAUCAUAA